CGUGAAGACGAACUGCCACGUGAAAUCGGUGCAAGGGAAUAGUUCGACGACGAAAACUAAAUGCAGUAUGUGUUCCUACGACCAUGCUAUUGAUAAAUGUCCACAGUUCUUAGCGCUUACAGUCCAAGACCGAUGGUCUCACGCUAAAAGCAAGGGUAUCUGUUUUGUUUGUCUUAGACAAGGACAUAAGAUUAAUGAAUGUAAGAUGACAAGGCUCUGUAACGUUGACAGUUGUAAGAAGAGGCAUCACGUUCUGCUGCACACUGACUCGACAGGCAACGUCGUAAAUGAUAAGCCAUCAUGCUCGGAAUAUAGGAAAAGAGUUGUUAAUCAUAUCAGUAAGGUACGGACACUGGAGAACGAAAUACGUAAGCUUUAUGAUGAGUUUUCAGAUGCUUAUUCAAGUGAUAAAUCAUUAUCAGUAGACGACAAGGGGGCUAUAAAGAUUGUGGAAGGGGGCACGCACUUCGGCGACGGUCAUUUUGUAGUUUCUAUACCGUGGAAAAAGAAUCCAAAUAUGAAAGUGGAUAAUUAUGAAGUAGCAAACCGUAGAUUACAAAGUUUGAAAGGUAUGUUGUCGAAGGACGUCAGCCUGAACAUCAGGUACAUCAAAAGUAUUGAAAGUAAUUUUACUAAGACUUAUGCGGAGAGGGUCCUUGAAAUAUAUUUGCAGCCUAAUUAUCGCCCUCGAGGGUAUUUACCUCAUCAUGCAGUGUUGAACAUGAAAAAACCAGAGGAACUUAGAGUGGUCCUUGAUUGUGCCGCCGAGUUUGCAGGGUUUUCCACAAAUGAUAUGAUUUAUCAAGAACCCGAUACCACUGAUGAGUUAAUGUGUAUAUUAUUAAGUUUUCGCAAGGAGGCAGUUACAAUCCCUGCAGAUGUUGAAGAAGUGUUCAUGCAAUUGGUCUCUGAGUCUGAUCGAGGAGCUUCAAGAUUUCUGUGGUGGCAGGAGGGAGACAUGUCGAGGGAACCAUCUGAGUUUCAAAUGACAUCUCAUCCAUUUAGUGCCAUAUCAUCGCCGUUUCGUGCGAACUUUACCUUGAAUAAGACGGCUCAAAUAUUCUCUGACGGUUAUGAUGGUUAUGUUGUAGAUGCUGUCAAGAAUAAUUUCUAUGUUGAUGAUUGCUUGAUAUCCAUUCCCAAUUGUGAUCAAGCAAAGAGUUUCGUUAAGCAUAUAAGUGAAUUAUUAUGUAGAGGAAGUAUGCAAAAAAUGAUCGAUCUUGAAUAUUGGUUCAAAUGUCCUACUUUAUUGCAUGGCAAAUUUUAUAUAACAAUCACUGACUGCCCGGAACCUACUCCUGACGAUAUUGAGUUUAGAAAAAUUGCUGUGGUUAACCUGAGUAGUAUAAAGCAAAACAUGUCACCCAUUCUCUCUUAUAAAUCCGAGUGGUUGAAAUUAGUAGGGGCCGUAGCCUGGCUUAGAAGGUUCAUAGAAUUUCUGAUGGUGCUUCGUUCACCGAGUCAUGAAGGAUCCGUUCAUCUAGGAUGUUUAAAGGUCAAGGAGCCUGACAUCGCCAAGGGUAAGAAUUUAUUGAUGGUUCAAAAGGAAGUGUGUGGAGAAUUAUUUAGUGAAUUUAGAAACAGAAGUAAAGUAGUAAGUCAUAAUGAUCUGAAAGGUUUAUCACCGAUAAUGCUUGAUGGGUUACUCUGUGUUACAGGUCGUCUAAGCUACUCAAAAUUAUUCAAUGCUUUUGAACGUCCAGUAAUUUUACCCAGUCGACACUUAGUGACGGAAACGAUAAUUAGACAUUGUCAUAAAGAACCAGGACACAUAGGAAGGUCAUUAGAAAAAGGAUAUAGAUAUGUGUUUACUUGUUUGCAAACAUGGGCAAUACAUAUUGAACUGAUGUAUAGUUUGAUUACUGGUUCAUUUAUAAUGGCCUUAUUACGUUUUAUUGGAAGAAGAAGGAAACCUCCGGAGAUUUACAGUGAUAGUGCGUCAAGCUUCAGGGGAGCAGAUUCUGAAUUAAGGAGGUUUGUGCAACAUUCGAAUCAGCAGAAGAUAAAUAUUGAAUUGUCAGCGAGGUCCUCAUCCAACAGCAUGGGUGUAAUUUGGGGAAUAGUGAUUAGGUCUAUACCAAGACUGUUAUUGUUGAUCACGAGAGAACAGGAGAAGUAGGUCUCCUUGAAGCUUUGGAUUAGUCUUUGUUGUUAUUGAUGUAGUUAGGUCGAGUAGGCGUACUGUUGUAAGUCCUACUCGUUCCUAUGGUGUGAUAUGUUAUAUAAUGAACCAUGACCGUAGGCAUCAAGGUAGCUUGUGUGAUAUGGAGGGAUUUUGGGGGCCGGUGUAAGAUCCAUUUUGAAUGCCUUGUGUGUUUGUGAAAAUCCCUCCAUGUAUAUACUUGCACUUUGUUCCUAUUGAUCUUCUUAGUUGUACAUUGUUAACUUUUGGACUACAUUUGAAUUGUUAAUCUUUGUAUUUUAUUAUAGUUUUUGUUUUUACCACACCUUCACUAAUUCCCCAUGUUUCUUCCCGAACUGCACUUAUGUUGUUUUACUUUAUACUAAGUCUGAGCGGCAGUCAUUUUGGUUGGUUCCUGCCUUUGAUUGCUUGACCUGUGUUGACUGGAAUUGUGCAUUUUGGUUGUGAAUUGAAGCACUCUUCCAGAAUUGAAAACACUGUGUUAUAGAGUGACCAAUUAUUACCUUUUGAACGAAUCUGUACGUGAUCUAUCCAGACAGGAUAGAAUAACAUUUAUUUGUGGUGAUUGGUAAUUUUCUUGCAUUCUUUAUCAACUUUCUUAUUUAUUGUAGUUUAGAUUUGAUCAAUUAAACAAUUAUUGGUUGGAUAGCUGUGUGGUUAUAUUUGUUUAGGUAAUAAUGUAUACUUAAAUUUAUGAUAAAUUAUAGAACCGCUAUCUUACCCAAUUACCUUGUUUUGGUUUCAAACGGGCGAGGGCGCGUAUCGAACUUAUCCAGGCAGCUGUCCAGCAGUCCAAACGUGGUUUGGAUCCUACAGUUCUCUUAACGAACUAGUUGAAAACUCCUGAAAACCGACUCGCUUCAGCAAAGUUGAGAUAUUCUACCUUCGAACGAGAAUCUAUCGUAGUCUAUCUGACCGCUAUGCAUUUUUGGCACAUGUUGGAAAGCAGGGACUUCAUUGUUCGUAUGGAUCACUAACCACCAACCAGUGCAUUAAAAUCAAGAGCCUCAAAUAUUCUUCUCGAGAGGUCCGACAUGACUAUAUCAGAGUUCACCAGUGAUAUACAACAUGCCAACGGUCAGGAAAAUAAGACGGUGGCUGUAUUAUCUCGGCUAGAAAUUAACAUAAUUCAACAAGCUGCAAAAGGUGUAGAAGCGUUGAGAGACAACCAGAAAGAUCAAGAAUUUCAGAACCUACUUGUAUCAGAGCACAUCAGUCUCAAACUAGGACAUCUACCAUCACCUAUUAAAGGCAUGUUGAUUUUGGGUCACAUGACCAGGGUGAUGCCUCGACCUUCGUCCACACAAAAUGUGAGGAAAUUAAUACUUAAUAUUCUUCAUACUACAUCUCAUCUCGGCGCGAAAGCUACUACCAAGCCAAUCAGUGCCAGAUAUCUAUGGCCAAAUUUACAAAUAGUAGUAUAAAAAUGGGUAAGAGUGUUCAGUGUGUCAACAAUCAAAGGUUGACCGUCACACAAAAUCAUCUAUCGCAUUUUUCUCAUAGCCAGAUUCUCGUUUUGUUCAUUGACCUCAUCAUACUAUAAACUCGGAGUCAGAUCAUAAAUCGCUAAACUGGUGCACCGUAUUUCGAAUUGACCUCAACGUACAAAAACACGUCGUGGAAGUACCUUUCCAACUACGAAUUCAAAGAACAAACGCCACGUACCCGGCUAUGUCGACAAGCAACGCAGACGGCGUAGUCUCUAAAAUUCGACGCCGGCAACGAAGCCAGUACAUCAAUGACAUGGAAAUGCUCAAAUCAUAUUCUUAUCGGUACUUUGUUCGAGUAUUAAUUCUUCUCAUUCAUCUACUUUUCGGAUCUAUCCACAGUGAUUAUUACAAUUACUACGUUUUCAUGAUCAGAUUAUCAUGGAAUUAUAACCAGUAUUCAUACUGAAAUUAAAUUAUGGCAUUUACGCUAUUAUAUUACUCAUUCAUCGAGUUAUGAUAUUAUGAACAUUACAUUCAUAUCAUGACAUUCGCAACUCACUAAACUACUUUUUUACUCGGUUACGUAAAUUAUCUGUGUCAGUUGGACGGAGUUCCUAAAAAUCUAAGUAAAAGUUUUCACGAAAACCCACACUUCUUUAACAUUAUUCAAAUGUUUCCAGCGAAGACAGAUUGAUAAUACAGUGUCUGCUUUUAUGAAAAUCAUAAUGAGAUUGUGGUGCAGCUGUUUUGUAUGGGUUUAUCUAUUAGAAAUUCUCCAUCUACUCCUCCGAUGGCCUUUUCCAUUUGAUUUAUAACACUCAUAAUAAUAUUAUCCUAAAUGAGAGUGACAGUUGUAAAAAUAUGAAAACCAUACAGAUCUGGGAGUUACAUAAGACAAGUCGUCAUUAUAUUAGGAACUCACAAGUUUCCUGAGUCUACGUAGUCAAC